CCUUUUCACUCUGGCUGGAACUUUCACCUCUGCUGCCUAAACUUUGCCUGGAACACAGACUGGAUUAAAACCCAGUAUGUUGCUGACUGUGGCGGUUCUGUGCAGCAUAGUGCUGUGGACACACUCUCUCAACUUCACUAAUAUUCAGCCACAGCAGGAUUUCAACCUGGAACAGUUUACAGGUGAAUGGUAUCGUCUUGGAGUGGCCUACGACUACCAGUUAUUUAUUAAAUACAAAGACAAAAUGCAAAUCAACAAAGGCUUCCUGGUUCUCAAUGAAGAUAGUGGUGCCAACCUCACCAUGUGGAGCAUGGAUCGGCACAAGGUUUGCACUUCAAGUUUUUAUGAGUAUGAGAAGACAGACAUUCCUGGAUUUUUCACCUAUUUUAGUGAAAGACAUAAGAUACAGAAAGACAUUACAGUGGUGGAGACCAACUACACUGAUUAUGGGAUUGUGCUAAAAUACAAGAAGAUGAACAAGGACUACACUCAGUUGGCUCUUUAUGGGCGAACCCCAGAUAUCAGUCCAGAGGUGAGAGGAAUAUUCCGAUCAUAUGCCCUGUCUUUGGGUUUUCCUGAGGAGUCUAUUGCUACACCAUUCAAUGUUGAUCCAUGUCCUCUUACAGAGCAAAGGAACACAACAGAAGUGAUGGAUUAGAGCUGUAACAUUUCCCUGGAUGCCUGUACAGCUGCGGUUUUUGAACUAUUUUAAACAGAGCAGUGUGUGGUUCAUAAUUCAUCAUUUAUUUUUAUCAAUAGCAUGUACAGUAACUACUUAGAAAUGACUUCAUACUGAAGCAUUUACAUUUUCUUAAUUGUGUACCGUUAUUUUCUGUAAAAUCUCUUACAGUUGCUGUUAUAAAGGGGCAAUUCUAAAGUUACUGUGCUGUGAAAAAGUAUUUGCUGAUUCUUACAAAAUGCUGUUUUUUAAAUAAUUUUAUUUAUUGAAGGACAAAUAAUGUUCAACCCUACCUGGCCCCAUGUGAAAAAACCCUAUCCCCCCCCCCCCCCCCCCCCCAGCUAUACCCAGGCAUGAUUACUGUCACACCUGUUGCACCUAAACAUCAUUUAUAUUGAACCUGUCUAGCAAUGUAAAGCAGGUUAGAAGAUGCAACACAUGAUGCCAAGAGAAUCAAAUACAGAUGCCAAACAAAGUCAUUAAAAUCUACCAGUUUGGAAAGGGUUACAAAGCCAUUGCUAUUUCAAAAUUCUUCCAAGAAUGUAUCAACUCCUCCUUUGCUCGCAUAAGAUCCCAGAUGAACAUCAAAAGAACGAUAUGCCUUACUUGCCUCAGUUAGGAAAGACAUUGGACAUCCUAGAGAGAGCCACAAAGCACAUAUUACUGCUAACCAAAAAGAACACAAAGAUUCAUCUUACAUUUGCCAAGAAAACAUCUAGAUGACUCCCAAGACUUUUGGAAUAAUAUUCUGUGGAGUGAUGAGUCAAAGGUGGAUCUUUUGAAGAGACAUGGUCCCUGUACAUCUGGCAUAAAGCUAAAACGUCAUUCCACCAUAAAAACAUCAUAUCAGCAGUCAAAUGUGGUGGUCUUCUGGGGCUGCUUUGCUCUGCAGGACCUGUUCAUAAUUGUCAUAACUAAUGGAACAAUGAAUUCUGCUCUCUAUUAAAAAAUCCUGAAGGAAAAUGCCCACCCAUCAGUUUAAGGUCUUAAAUAGGCUGUUCAAUCUUGAAAACCUGAAAUGUAGAUGAAUUAAAACAAUUCUGCACAUAAGAGUGGGUCAAAAUUCCUCUACAGCAAUGUAAAACACUCAUCAGUUACUUUUUAUGUGGGUGAUGAUAGGUUUUGAAUAAAUCUUUAUAUUCAUUAAAUAGAAUAACCAUUUUAAAAGCUGCAUUUUGUGUUUACUCAUGUUGUCUUUAUCACAUUAAAAUUAGUUGAAUUAUCUGAAACAUUCAAAUAUGACAAAAUGGUAAAAAUUGAAUUAAUCAGUUAAGGAGUUAAAAUUUGUUACAGCACAGUAUUUGGUAAAAAUGCAAUAGUUCUGCCAACAAAAAAGAAAGAAUGAAAAAAAGAGUACCUUUUUAUUUUUAAUGCAGUUAGUGCAGGUGCCUUGUGACAGACUCCUGAAGGAGCGGGGUUUCCUGCAUUCUAGACUCUAAAUGAAUUAAUUGAAUCUGUGAAUGUGCUCAGUAAAAUCAUAGCGUCUGCUUUCUCUAUCUGCUUUCCAACAGGUAUAGGCAUGGAUGUUUAUGCAAAUGUUGGUUGGUGUUUAUUGUAAUACAAAGUCAUAAUAUGUCCUUCGGUGCUCCGAAUGUUUUAGUGUCCUGUGUUUAUGUAUAUUAUUUGAUUUUAUAUUAAUUAUUAUAUACAGGUCAAUAAAACUAAUUAACAUAAUUAUA